AUGGCUGCACGACCUUUGGCCAGGGCUGUCGCCCGUCAUGUAUCCCAGUCGGCCUCUGCCGUCUCUCGGAGGUCCUUCAUCACGGCUGUAAGCUCUCGACCGACCCUGGUCGCCGCCAGCAGAGCUGCCAUUGCGUCCCCUGUCGUGCAGCAGCAGACUCGAGGAGUAAAGACCAUCGACUUUGCUGGCACCAAGGAGACCGUCUACGAGCGCGAGGACUGGCCACGCGAGAAGCUCCUGGAAUACUUCAAGGACGAUACGCUGGCCCUCAUCGGGUACGGCUCGCAGGGGCAUGGCCAGGGUCUUAACCUGCGUGACAAUGGCCUCAAUGUCAUCGUCGGUGUACGAAAGGACGGUACGUCGUGGAAGGAAGCCGUUCAGGAUGGCUGGAUUCCCGGCAAGAACCUGUUUGACGUCACCGAGGCCAUCAAGAAAGGGACCAUUGUCAUGAACCUGCUCAGUGAUGCAGCCCAGAGCGAGACCUGGCCUACCAUCAAGCCUCUCCUGACCAAGGGAAAGACCCUCUACUUCUCCCACGGCUUUUCCCCCGUCUUUAAGGACCUGACCAAGGUCGACGUACCCAAGGACAUCGAUGUCAUCCUGGUGGCACCCAAGGGCUCUGGACGAACAGUUCGCUCUCUCUUCCGUGAGGGCCGAGGCAUUAACUCCUCCGUCGCCGUCUUUCAGGAUGUGACUGGCAAGGCUGAGGAGAAGGCCGUGGCUCUUGGUGUCGCUGUCGGCAGUGGCUAUCUCUACAAGACCACCUUUGAGAAGGAGGUUUACUCUGACCUCUACGGCGAGCGUGGCUGCUUGAUGGGUGGCAUUCACGGUAUGUUCCUCGCCCAGUACGAGGUUCUCCGCGAGCGCGGCCACAGCCCCAGCGAAGCCUUCAACGAGACCGUCGAGGAGGCCACCCAGAGUCUGUACCCCCUCAUCGGUGCCAAUGGAAUGGACUGGAUGUACGCUGCCUGCUCCACCACCGCCCGUCGUGGCGCCAUCGACUGGAGCAGCAAAUUCAAAGACACCCUCAAGCCUGUCUUCAACGAACUGUAUGAUAGUGUAAAGGACGGCAAGGAGACCAAGCGCUCCUUGGAAUAUAACUCGCAGAAGGAUUACCGUGAGAGGUACGAGAAGGAGAUGCAGGAGAUCCGUGACCUCGAGAUCUGGAAAGCCGGAAAGGCCGUCAGGUCUCUCCGGCCCGAGAACCAGAAAUGA